GCCAGGCUCCAACCCGCACGAUGGCCUCGGCGCUGAGCUAUGUCUCCAAGUUCAAGUCCUUCGUGAUCUUGUUCGUCACCCCGAUCCUGCUGCUGCCACUCAUCAUUCUGAUGCCCGCCAAGUUUGUCAGGUGUGCCUACGUCAUCAUCCUCAUGGCCAUUUACUGGUGCACGGAAGUCAUCCCGCUGGCUGUCACCUCCCUCAUGCCUGUCUUGCUCUUCCCACUCCUGCAGAUUCUGGACUCCACGCAGGUGUGUGUCCAGUACAUGAAGGAUACCAACAUGCUCUUCCUGGGUGGCCUCAUCGUGGCCGUGGCCGUGGAGCGCUGGAACCUUCACAAGAGGAUCGCCCUGCGCAUGCUCCUGUGGGCGGGGGCCAAGCCUGCACAGCUGAUGCUGGGCUUCAUGGGCGUCACGGCCUUCCUGUCCAUGUGGAUCAGCAACACGGCCACCACGGCCAUGAUGGUGCCCAUCGUGGAGGCCAUACUGCAGCAGAUGGAGGCCACGAGCACAGCCACGGAGGCCAGCCUGGGGACCCUGGAGCUGGCGGAUAAGGGCAAGCCCGGUGAGCUGCCAGGGAACCAAGUGAUCUACGAAGGCCGUGCUGUGGGGCAGAAGCAGGACCAGGAGAGGAAGAGCAUGUGCAAGGCCAUGACCCUGUGUGUGUGCUACGCGGCUAGCAUCGGGGGCACAGCCACGCUGACCGGGACCGGCCCCAACGUGGUGCUGGCAGGACAGAUGCGCGAACUGUUUCCUGACAGUAAGGACCUCGUGAACUUUGCGUCGUGGUUUGGGUUCGCUUUCCCCAACAUGCUGAUCAUGCUGCUGUUCGCCUGGCUUUGGCUCCAGUGUAUCUACAUGAAGUUCAAUUUCAGAGACUCCUGGGGCUGCGGGCUGGAGAGGAGGAGCAACGAGAAGGCGGCCUAUGAGGUGCUGCAGGCGGAGUACAGGAAGCUGGGCCCCUUCUCCUUCGCCGAGGUCAACGUGCUCCUCUGCUUCCUCCUGCUCGUUGUCCUGUGGUUCUCCCGCGACCCCGGCUUCAUGCCCGGCUGGCUGUCGCUUGCCUGGGUGGAAGGGGAGACCAAGUACGCCUCUGACGCCACCGUGGCCAUCUUUGUGGCCCUCCUGCUGUUCGUUGUGCCUUCACAGAAGCCCAAGUUCAACUUCUGCAGCCAGACUGAGGAAGAAAGGAAAACUCCAUUUUAUCCACCUGCGUUGCUGAACUGGAAGGUGGCCCAGGAGAAAGUGCCCUGGGGGAUCGUGCUGCUGCUGGGGGGUGGCUUUGCCGUGGCCAAAGGAUGCGAGGUCUCGGGGCUGUCCGAGUGGAUGGGGAAGCAGAUGGAGCCCCUGCACACUGUGCCCCCCGCGGCCAUCACCUUGAUCCUGUCCUUGCUCGUCGCUGUGUUCACGGAGUGCACGAGCAAUGUGGCGACCACCACCUUGUUUCUGCCCAUCUUUGCCUCCAUGUCUCGUUCCAUCGGCCUCAACCCGCUCUACGUCAUGCUCCCCUGCACUCUGAGCGCCUCCUUCGCCUUCAUGCUGCCCGUGGCCACCCCACCCAACGCCAUCGUGUUUGCUUACGGACACCUCAAGGUUUCUGACAUGGUGAAAACAGGACUGAUGAUGAACAUAAUUGGAGUCUUGUGUGUGUUUUUGGCGGUCAACACCUGGGGACGGGUCCUGUUUGAUUUGGACCGGUUCCCUGACUGGGCUAAUGUGACCCACGUGGAGACUUAGGGAGAGGGGCGGGACCACAGCCACGGCCACGCCCUCCAAGGACUAGCGAACCUUCCGGCAUGCCUUGCACAGACUUUUGGGGUUCCCACCCCAAAGUGACCCAAUGAUGUCCACACCCCACCAAGACCCCGCCAGCGGGCCGCCUCUUCCUCCAGGCCUGGGUUCAGAGCCAGGGAUGAGUGGCUGGAGAGCAGGUUUGGAGAGAUUGGAGCCCCUCACAAGGCCAGGGGCCCCAUCUUCUCCAGGCCCUGCCACCGUCUCUAGAACAGGCAGGCAGCAGAGGGACCGGGACACGGGCUCCUGUGCCCCCUCAGCCUUGAGCAGCCACCACACUGGCCCACACUGGGCUCCGGUUUCUACUCGCUUAGUCCCAGGCGGUGUGAACAGGGAGCCGAUGCCCAGGUUGGGGGCUGAGAAAAUCCACGGGUGCCUGCGCCUCCCCUGCUCACCUUGGGCUGCCUCAGGUCACCUCCGUCGCCGUGCCGGAGACAACCCAGCCAGGGACAGGCUGCGAGAGUGGGGGUCUGCCCUUCCUGGAGACUCGGAGAACCCUGUCUGGUGCCACCAACAAAAGGAUGAGGAAUCUGUACGUGAGGCUUGUCUUCCCGCAGCCCGAGGCUGGCCCACUGCUCCCUGCCUAACCUCACUGUAUCUCGCUUGACCAUUUGGAUCCUUGCCCAGCUCCCCAGCCUCCUUCAACUCCUAGGUCCCCUCGUUGGGAGGGCAGCAUUGCCUGAAAACCCUGGCUGGGGGUCCCCGGGGUCCCGCUGCUCUCCCAGGCAGGUCGCUGUGGCUCUUCUGGGAGGUGCUUUUCUACCACCCCUCCGGAGCCGGCCUCACACUCCGAGGAUGGGCAGGGAUGGCCUUUUGGAGGCCGUGGGGGGUCUCGGUGCCCCCUCACCUGCACGCAGAGUAGACACAGCUGUUGGUGCAUCUGUCUUAGAGUUUGAGCUCCACUCAGCAAAGCCUGCCCUCUGUUGCCUGGC